AUGCUAGCCCGUGGAGGUCAGCCCGCCGUUGGCGGUGCUCUCCCACUGCACCGCAUUCUCCUUGCUCUGUUUUGGUGCCUUUCAGCCCUCCCAGCCGCGACGGCAUACACAAACUGCUCUGCAUUCAGUACAAACGGCACAGCUGCCUCACAAUUUAGCUACUAUCGCUUCUAUGAUUUCAGAAACAUCCCCUCAGACACGUGGGAUUCCGUACAAAACGCAACAUCACCCAAUAAUGAAACAGCAGGAGCUUCGACCAGCGACAUGUCUUGGUCGCUCGACUGGCAACGGAGGGACGGCCUGAGAUAUGCAGAGAACGACCCCAACAACCCGUUGUUGCCAAUUGACUACCAACUGAGCAAAGUCGCAAUGACAAAUGUAACAGAUGACUCUGAUGCGACUACCGCCCUAAGCUUUCUCAGCUCCAGGGAAAACGAGGCAUCGCAACAGUCUAGCGGUAUUGAUUUCAAUGAGGACUCUAUCUUGUACUUGUCGCUGCGUUUGAAGGCGCGUGUUACCGGCGACCCCGGUGCCUGUGCUGCCUUUUUCACCUAUGAGAACGACACACAAGAAGCCGAUAUGGAGCUGUUGACUCGCGAUGAUCAAGACAUUGUUGGCUUCAAUACUCAGCCCAGUAUCGAUGUUCAUGGCAACUACAUCAACGCGACACAUUUCAACAUGUCGCUUCCCAACGACCUCACCAGGGAGAAAUGGAUCACCUACCGCAUGGAUUGGGUGUCAGACCAGGUGGUCUGGUAUGUGGAUGGAGUCCAAAUGGCAAACACCUAUACCAAUGUUCCUGUCGAACCCAGCCAUCUAUAUCUGACAAUGUGGGGCAACGGAGGUACAUGGACACGGAUGAUGACGCUGGGCGAUUCGGCCCUGCUUGAGAUACAGUGGAUCGAAGUCACCUACAACCUCAGCGAUGCUACACCCAUUGCUAACGCCAGUGGGACUGUAUGCAACCUGGACGACACCGAUACAGCCGGCAGCUUCCAGCCCUUUAUAUUCCCAGCACCACACGACGACACGUCAAGCGGCUACAAGUUGGGCAUAAACGCCUUCCUAACAAUUUCGGCUAUUAUUUUGGCAUUGAUAUAA